UGAAGGAGAGCCGGGGACGGUCUCGGGGCUGACGAGGAAUCCAACACAAAUAACCCAACAGCACCGAGACUCAGAGCUUCCCAAAGCGCGAUCGGUCGCUCCGCAGCGGGCAGGGAAACGGAACAGGCUUCGGAAACCCAGCACGGCCUCAAGAUGAUGGAAGAAAUCGAUCGAUUUCAAGUCCCGACCGAGGCAGAGAUGCAGGCCCUGGACCCGGCUUCGUCCACUGCCUCUGAGGCUGACUCGGACACAAGAGAGAGCGAGCCGGCCACCCUCAACUACAAACCCUCGCCACUGCAGAGGAAAAUAGAGAAACAGCGAGAGAUGGCCAGGAAGGGUUCGCUGAAGAACGGCACGGCCGGGAGUCCUGUCAAUCAGCAGCCCAAGAAAAACAAUGUUAUGGCCAGAACAAGGCUGGUUGUUCCCAACAAAGGCUAUUCUUCUUUAGACCAGAGCCCAGAUGAGAAACCAUUAGUAGCUCUAGACACAGACAGUGAUGAUGACUUUGACGUGUCCAGAUACUCUUCGUCGGGAUACUCCUCGGCUGAGGUGAGGUCACUAAGGGAACAGCAAAUAAACCAGGACCUGAACAUCCAGCUGCUGAAGGACGGCUACAGACUGGACGAAAUCCCCGACGACGAAGACCUGGACCUCAUCCCGCCCAAAUCCGUCAACCCCACCUGCAUGUGCUGCCAAGCCACGUCUUCUACUGCCUGUCAGAUCCAGUAAAACAUCUCUCUAUCAGUCUAUCUCUCUCUCCUGACCCUCAUCCCCUUAUAAAAAAAAGAUUAAUAUCAAUAUUACAGCACGAAAUGUACAGUUAAUGUUAUGAACAUGGUGUAAUAUAGACACAUACAUGCACAUACACCCGCACACAUAUACAUACAUACACACACAAUAAUGAUAAUUAAUGUUAAGACUAUUAUUGGUAGCGCCCUCCUAUGGUAGGGAGCUCUGUAUGCUAGCCAGCUAGGAGCGCUUAUGUACUCGCGUCUCCUAGUGGAUGUUGUGUAAUAUUGUACAAGUGGAGGUAGAUCAGUAAAAAAAAAAAUGUCGAUUUCCAGUUUAUUGAACUGUGCAUAAAACACUUGGUGGCGCUACCGCAGACUGGAGUAGGCUUAUCCACUGUAGUGACUGCUUCCAUGCUGUAUUUACUGCAUUUACUUUAUCAUUCUAUGUCUUUUGUCUUUGUUUUUUAUUAUUUUUCUAAAUGGACAGCUGUACUGUAUGUGCUUGAGGACGUUGCCAAGGCAUCAUGUGAUUUUUGUAGCAUUUUUAGGAUGUUGUUAUGCUAGUUGCUCAUUUGCGGCGCUAAAAGCAGCAUCGUAACACCGCACUUUGUUUUUGUUUACCACUUCUGUUUACUUUUUAUUCACAGAAUUGUCAAAGACAUUUAUUUAUUUAUUACAUAUCAUGAGUUGUCAAUGGUUUGGAGAGGAGUAUGUCAUUGAAAAAGAACAGUAUAUCAAACUAGCUACAAACUAGCUAGCUACUCAAACAUAGUAACCAUUUAGCAGCAUAAACAUUACUUAUUUCACCAAUGGCAAACCGUGAUUAUCACAACUAGGUCUUCAGUUUGGGCCAUCAAUGUCAAAACUUUGUCAAAAAAAUGGGAAAACAUUUUUACGCUAAUGCUAAUUUGUGCUAGCU